AUGAAAAAUGGAGGCUGUAAGUUUUUCUCUUGGGUCGACCCUCCUACCUGUGACCGGCCUGAAAAAAUCAUGCCUGGGUUAUUGAAGAAGAUGAAGGCACUAGAGAGAGCAAAUGAAAACUUCAAAUUUGAGAAUACCAAAUUGGAGGAGAAGGUUGAAAAACUGGAGGAGAAGGUUGAAAAAUUGCAGAAAAAGGUUGAAAAAUUGCAAGCAUUGAACAAGAGGUUGGUUGAAAAGAAAGAAAAAAUGGAGAUGAAAAUGGGGUUUGCAUUGGCUAUAGCAGCUUUGUUGUGUACUUGUCUCCUUGAUUUUGGAAUACCCAUGAUAGUUAGUCUUUCCCUCCUUCACAGUGGGCAGGCAAGAAUAUGGGGCAUGGCACAACAGAGAGAAACAGAGAAGGAGGAUAAUGGAAGACAACAGCUUGCCCAGACUCAUCAGCUUCCUAUCCUCACUGCAAAACAAAACUCAACUGCACAACUCAACCAUUUCAUUGUCAACUAA